UGUGACCUCCCUUCCUCCUCCUCCUCCUCCAGCCCGGGGCUCGCUCCUCCCUGCCCGAGAGCUGCGGCGGCGGGGCCCGGUGGGUGCAGAGCGAGCCCGGGGGAGCGAGCCCGGCCCGGCCCGGCCCCGCACCAUGGCCUGGACCAAGUACCAGCUCUUCCUGGCCGGCCUCAUGCUGCUCACCGGCUCCAUCAACACCCUCUCGGCCAAAUGGGCUGACAACUUCACCGCGGGGGGCUGCGGCGGGAGUGCAGAGCACAGCUUCCAGCAUCCCUUCCUCCAGGCCGUGGGAAUGUUCCUGGGCGAAUUCUCCUGCCUGGCUGCCUUCUACAUCCUGCUCUGCAGGGACCGGCAGAGAGCAGAGCCCAGCCUGGCCCCCGCGCAGCCCUUCAACCCGCUGCUUUUCCUGCCCCCGGCGCUGUGUGACAUGACUGGGACCAGCAUCAUGUAUGUGGCCCUGAACAUGACCAGCGCCUCCAGCUUCCAGAUGCUGCGCGGGGCGGUGAUCAUCUUCACCGGGCUGCUCUCGGUGGCCUUCCUGGGCCGCAAGCUGGUGCCAAGCCAGUGGCUGGGGAUCCUGGUCACCAUGGCCGGGCUGGUGGUGGUCGGGCUGGCGGACAUGCUCGGCACCCGCGACGAGACGCACAAGCUGAGCGAGGUCAUCACAGGUGACCUGCUCAUCAUCAUGGCCCAGGUGAUCGUCGCCAUUCAGAUGGUGCUGGAGGAGAAGUUCAUCUACAAACACGACGUGCACCCGCUGCGGGCCGUCGGCACGGAGGGUUUCUUCGGCUUCGUCAUCCUGUCCCUGCUUCUGAUCCCCAUGUACUACAUCCCGGCGGGCAACUUUGGCGGCAACCCGCGGCAGGUGCUGGAGGACACGCUGGAUGCCUUCUGCCAGAUCGGCCGCCAGCCCCUCAUUGCCCUGGCCCUGGCGGGCAACAUCAGCAGCAUCGCCUUCUUCAACUUCGCUGGCAUCAGCGUCACCAAGGAGAUCAGCGCCACCACCCGCAUGGUGCUGGACAGCCUGCGCACCGUGGUCAUCUGGGCCGUCAGCCUGGCCGUGGGCUGGGAGACCUUCCACGGCCUGGAGAUCCUGGGGUUUCUCAUCCUCCUGACUGGCGCCGCCCUCUACAACGGCCUGCACCAGCCCCUGCUCGCCAGGCUGCCCUGGCGCCAGCCCCCGGCGGGUGCCCUGGGCUCUGAGGCCGAGAGGGAGAAUCUGCUGGGAGGAGAGAGGGCACCGAUCAACGGGGACAGCUGAGGAGCCGGACUCCAUGGGGUAUGGACGCCAGAUCCCAGCACCCCUUCAUCCCCUGGCACGGGCUGGGACACCGGAGCCCGCCUCUCUGUACUCUGUUGGCUCUCCUGGGCCUCAGGCGUUCUGGACAUGGCUCCUCGGGGGCUCGAUCCAGCUCCUCCGGGAUGGGAGGUGGGAUUCGGAGAGUGAAGGUCACUAGAGGUGCUCCCCUUCCCUAUUAAAAUGCCUCUGCCCAUCCCCCGAGGAGGCCCUGCCAUGCCACUGGCGCACCUGGGUUAUCCACCCCUUUCUCCCAGGAGGUUGCAGUGACAUCCUGUUCUGUGGGUCCCCCCCUUCUCCCCUGACUGCACGACCCAGGGCUGUGCCAGGAUGGGUUUAUGGACCAGCACCGGCGAAUGCACAUCAGACCGAUGCUGGGAGCUGCUGCCUCUGAAGGAGAGACCUGGGCUCAGGGCCAGGCAUGCAUUUAUUGGUGUCCUUCAUCGGGGGGCAUCUUUACCUUCUCCCCUGCCCCCCAAGGAGGAGGACUUGCUCUACCCACCUAGUUCCUGCUCCACCUGCAGUGUCUAACCGUGUAACUGGAGGAAACCGUUCUGCCAGGCUGGUGGGACAGGCCCACGACCCCUCUUCUGCGCCGCUUGCAGAUGGAGCCUGGCGGAGCAUUGGUUACGGCCGUAAACCCUGGAAGCUCUUUGCCUUGGCCGUCUCCUUACACAGAGCUGAAGCCGUCUGCAGGGUGGGGCCCUGUUUGCUGCACCCAGGGUGGCAUUGGGGGAUUUUAAUGCUGCCCGUUGCCUCCACCGGCCCCUGGGUGCUGGGCUACUGGGGGCCCGUAGAGCAUAGGUGGGGGGCGGGGGCGUGCUGUGCCAUGUGCAGUAAAGUGUGCAAUUCCACAUGUGCAUGCAAGGCGUGACCUUGUGCAAACAGCGUUUGCAAGGUCACACGGGGCGCAGGGGGCCAUUUUGUUCUACAAAAUGGCGUCCUCCCUGCGGGGGCUGGGUGGAAUUGGCCGUAGGGCUGGAGCACGCAGCGUGUACAUAGGCAGCAGGCCCCGGGGGGCUGGUUCACUCCCUGCUCCCUCUGUUGAUGGGACGCUCCGUGGGCUGUCACGCCAGGCAGGGAGCAAUCGAAACUGCUGGACUCACACCAGCCAGGGCGGUCGCUGCCUUACUCACCCUGCAGCGGGGGAGAUACAGGCCUGGCUUGGGGGGGCGCAUGAUGCCAGGGGUUGGGGAGAAGCCUGGGCCUUGUCUCCCUCUUACUGGAAUCGAUCACCCCCCUGCUGGGGCUUCCUCGGCCUGCUGCAGUCAGGGUUGUUCUCUGUUCCCAGCCGUGGCUGGGCCUGCUAGCCAGCUUCCCCCUCCUCCCCUGCAGACCUGAGCCUUUACAAAGGCUCUCCAGUCCCUCAGAGUGCUUGAACUGGCCCCGGGCCUCGCCAUGAGGCACCUCCCCGUGCCCGUCCUGAUUGCUUUCCCUGCCCCUUCCCGUGCAGGAGGGAGGUGGUCCCCUUUCAGAGCCACCGUGCCUGUAUUCCCCCUUUGGCGAGGAUGCCCACUCUCAGCCCCCAGGCUGCUACCGCUCUGGGAUGGAGACCCCCCUCUCCCUCCCUUCUGACCAGGGUUCCCUGGGUUGUGCCCAGCACAGGCAGGCUGCCCGGGCAGGCCUGCUUGCUUUCGCCUCCGAGCCGGUUCCCAGCGACUGCCGUAGGUCUGGCAACCCCACAGCACUUCCUCCGCUGGGCUGUUUUAUGGUUCAGGUAAAGGCACCGCAGAGAAACCAUUACAAGACCCUGUAUGCACAGCUUACCCCACCCCUCACAUGGGCUCUGGGUCCUUCACCCUCACAUGGGCUCUGGGUCCUUCACCCCCACACUCCAGGGGUUUCGGUGUGGUGUCUAGCUCGUCACAGCUUCAGCUCACCCCAAGCACCCCGUCUUACGGGGCCUGGUCCUCCCACCCCUUCCUUGAGGAUUGGGGCCCGCUGUGGACCAGAGGUCCUAUCUGGGCUGGCUCAGGGGGAAGGCCCUGUGUACCUUUAAAACCCGGCUAUUUAUCCAGAAAUCCUUUCUUUGGCCCCUGGAGAAGGGAGUUCGAACUUGGCUUGUGUUUCUCCCCGGGGGCUGGCUUCAAAGGGCUGAUACCCGGAGGAAUUCGGGUAGCAUCCCCCUUCCAGCUGCACAAUUGCACGUUUAACACAAUGGGCCCCGUGGUAUUAACGUUUAACUCACUCCAGUAACGUGAAUCUGACUUCCCCAAGGCUUGUCCAGGAUACUGCAGAACAGGGACAGGCCGUAGGGAGCUGAACAGGUGGUGAGCCUGGGUUCUCUCUCUUGGCUCUCCUCUGCAUUUCUCCUCCCCAGCUCGCUAAUUCCCUCCUUCCCAUGCACCCUCCCAACCUCCAAUAAAAUUCCAAACUUUUCUCCCUUACACAAUGGAGUAAAGGCAGCCCCAUCUCUCUCCCUCUAUCACUGGCAUGUGCCCCCUCUGCCCACCCGCUUUCCUGUUCUGUUUGCAGGGCUCAGGCCAAGUGUGCACCACCUGGCUUCUGCCACCAGGCCAUGAGCUGAUCUGCCCGGUUGUAGUGCAUGCAGGGUGGGAUCCUCCAUCCCCAGGCCCCAGUCAGCUCUGGUAGCUGAUUUCCUUCCAGGUAGCCAGCUGCGUGCAAUCCCCUACAGACACCCUCCACCCCCCGCAUGGCAGCACCAUGGCAGACACUGGGACCGAGAGGGCCGUGCCUGUAUUUGGGGCUGCUAUGAUGGAUGUCACAUCCCCCAAACCUUCCAGCUUCAUGGACAUGCGCACUUCCAGCGCAUCCACCGAGAGAGGAGGGGGGCAAGUGACUUGGGACAAGAGGGGAAGAGAAGCUGUAUGCAGGGCCUGCUGGGCUCCUAUGAUGUGGAACUGCAGCCCGGAGAAACUAGCAUCCGUGGCGCCGAUGCUGAGGCAAAGCACCGUCUGGCUGGGUUGGCAGAGAUGCCCCCCGUUAGCCUGCAGAGGUGCCAUGCCCUGUGUGCCUUGGCUGGACAGGGCACUGGUGCUGCGGCCUCAUGCCACCACCUGGGGGCACUGCACACAGCCUUCAGCAGGCGCUCAGAUGUCAGGGUGAUGGGUGGCUGUUGAAGACCCUAGGAUGGAGGCUGCAGCAGAGGGUCCGGGAAUGUCCCAUGCAAUGCAAUGCUCUGCACGGCAGUGUCUGGGGCCCUUUCCCUGUAUCAGGGACCCCCACCCCCAUCUGCUGCAGGCGGUGCUCCCAAUCCAACACCACUUUCCUCCCAGGAAGAAGCAUGGGGAGGUCAUGACAGAGAGCUGGGGGCUUGGGCUUCUUUGUAGAGCUGUGGGGAAAUGCACCCCUGUGUGCAAUGGCUCAUGGGGGGGGGGGAUUUGGCCCUGGGGAGAGGGCCAAAGGAAGGCAGAUGCACAAAUUAAGUCCUGCUUACAGGGAUGAAGUGAGAGUUGGGUGCUGCCUUGGCCUUGCACUGGCCCUCGAUGCAGGGCUGAAUUCCUCCCCUUCCCCAUGGAGGAACCCCGUCUCUAGGUGAAGGGGGGACUUCUCCACUGACCCACAAGAAGGUGCCCCUGCCAUGCCACAUAGCCCCCUUCUCCUAGGAACUCGCUCUGCAGUGUCUGUAACUCAACAAUUCACACAUGCAGGCAAUGGAGCUUACUGGGGUGGUGCUUGGAGUGUCUCCUGUCAGGAUUGUGGCCCUGUUACGCUAGGUGCUGUACAGAUCCUUAGGGAGAGAGAGCCCCUGGCCUGAAGUGCUCAUGCACUAAGUAUAAGAUAGGCAGCAGGUGAAUACAAUGAUCAGGAUGAGUAAGGAAACCACAAGUUGAUUAGAGGAAGGAUUGCUGAGGGGUUUGGAAGACAGGAGUUCAAGUCUUCAUUCUGACAUAGAUUCCCUGCAUGCACUUGAUAUACACUUAGCCUUUCUGUGCCUCAGUUUCCCCUUUGCAAAAUAGGAGUGAUUACGCCCUACCUCACGUUUCAGUACAGCAAAGAUUGUGCACUUGUGUUUCGGUUUAAAGAUCAUAAGAUACUCCAGUGCCAUGGUGGUGGGAGCCCUAUAAAAUACGUAGGCUUGGAAGGGUUAGAUUUAUGUCAGGAAACAUCAGUUUCACCAGACUCACACAAACUGAGCAAACAAUGUUUUCAUCAGUCAUCAAAAUGUACACAUAGUCACAGUAAGAAAAAUGCUGCUUGAAAACUUUCAAUUAGAGUGAAAAUCCAGCGCUUCAGAGUUUUGAAUUAGGCUGGUUACAAGUGGCCACGCGAACGAACAAUAAAACCAGAUUUGCUUGGGUGAUUUCAGGAUUGUUUCGAUGUGUAUUUUGACAUGUGGCAUUGACAAUUUGGGUCUGAACAGUUUAUACAGCUUUCACUUCUUUAAUCUUGCUAUUAACUGACAUUAAAUAAUUGCUGGCCCCUCCCUCCCCCCCAUGAUUUCCCACAACUAUGAACCUUUAAAUUGAUAAACAUCAAAAAAUGCUUCAGAAUAAAACAGAGAUUAGCCACCGAAACUACAAAAAUAAAAAUUAAAUUCU